AUGCUCCUCGUCAACGAAAGCAAGUACUCCCGCCUCAGCGGCUCCGAGUCGGACGAACUUCCAGCGGAGGGCGCACGUCUUCUUCAGCCGAACAAGAAGUUCACCUUGCGGGAUGUGGUGGCCGUUGGCAUGCUGGCAGCAUUCAUUUCCAGCGCGCUCGCGGUCAGUGCGGUGUUGGCCACGCACAGUGUCUCGCAACCACCCGACCUGAACAAGACAGCUCCACAGGUCCUUGAUUGUGGUCACAGUGUUGCUGAAGCCCGAAAAAAAGGCUGCACAUUUGACCCACUCACAGUUGCGUGGCUUCCUGCACAAUGCCCGCGAGACGGUGCGGACGAAUUCGUCGAUUCUGCAGAUGCAUCCUGGCGUUAUUGGCAUGACCGACAGAUGGAGAUCACCGGAGGAUAUGAAAACUUGUCCCAGAUCGGCGGGGACGGGGUGUACUGGACAACCACGGCUGAGCAUUGGACGCACCGUGUCUUCAUGUUGUGGAGGGUGCACGCGGUCCUUGCACGCGGGGGCAGGAUCGAUUGGAUGACGGCGACCCAGACUCACAGCCAUCACUGUCUGAUGAUGUUGUUGAAUGCCACCAAGUUGGCUCCGCGGCGGAAUGAGAUCCACACGUACGGCUAUGUCAGGUUCGGCUCGUGUUGA